AGAGAAAGAAGAAGAAGAAGAAGAAGAAGAAGAAGAUAGAAGAGAGAGAGAGAGAGAGAGAGAGCUAAGGUGUCUCGUGAAGCAGCAGGUGAAGAAGCUCAAGCAAAAGAAAGAAGAAAAUAAAUAAUAAAAAUAAAAGCUCACAUCUUUUCUGCUCUCUCUUUCUUUCUUUCUCUGCAUAGCUUUCAUCACUCUCUCUCUCUCUCAAACAUCACUCACAUUCAUUCCUCGCUUUCACGAGAUCCCCAUCACUCUGCCAUUGCCGCUGCAAAGAGAGAAAAAUAAAGAAAGACACAGUUUUUAAGAUACCCUUCUUCUUCUUUCGGCCACUGAGCGAGUGCGUGAGGUACAAGAACAAGAACAAGAACAACAAAAAUGUCGCAUUCCGGGAACCCCAUCUCCGAGUUAGGGCUCAGCGACCGCUUCCGCGACUCACUGAGUUGCUCCGACGACACCAACAAGCCCGAUUUCCGAGAACUCGAUUUGGGUUCGCCGGUUUCCACAUUGCGCCAUCGCCACAGCACCGCCGCCACGAGCAGCAGCAGCAGCAGCAGCGGCUCAAUCGGGUCGGGUCCGGGUCGAAACGGGAACGCCGCGGUUUCCAAGAGAUCCCAUUCCGGCGAGUUGUCAAACUCCGGCGAGAUCAGCAGUCCGAAACCGGGUCACCGGCGAUCCAAUUCGGGUCAGAGUUUGAGUCAGAGAUCUCCGUCGUCGUCCUCCGCAGCCGUGAAUUCGCCGCCGCUGAACGUUCUCCCGGCGGGGAACAUUUGCCCCUCCGGGAGGGUCCUCAAGGCGGCGACGACACCGGCGGCGGUGAGCCGGAGCUCCCGGAGCGAUGUCCUCGGCUCCGGCACCGGGAAUUACGGCCACGGGAGCAUAAUGCGCGGCGGAAGAGGCGGCGGAGGUGGAGAUUCGGCGAGUGCGAGGAUCGCCGGAGACUCGGUGAAGCGCGUGGAUCCGGAGGAGGUGAAGAGAAUGGGGAAUGAGGAGUAUAAAAGAGGGCGUUUUUCUGAGGCGUUGUGUCUCUAUGAUCGGGCAAUUGCGAUUUCUCCGGGCAAUGCUGCUUACCGGAGCAACCGCGCCGCGGCGUUGACCGGCUUGGGACGGUUGCCGGAGGCGGUGAGGGCGUGUCAGGAGGCUGUGGGGUUGGAUCCUAAUUAUGGGAGGGCGCAUCAGCGGUUGGCAAUGCUCUUUCUAAGGUUAGGACUCGUUGAGGAUGCCAGGAAGCACCUUUGUUAUCCUGGGCUGCAGCCGGGUCCUUUGGAGAUGCAGAAGUUGCAGAUUGUGGAAAAGCAUAUUGGCAAAUGCGCGGAUGUACGGAGGAUUCGAGAUUGGAAAAGUGUUCUGAGGGAAGUUGAUGCUGCUGUUGUUGCUGGAGCAGACUCUUGUUUUCAGCUCUUUAUGUGUAGAGCAGAAGCCCUUCUCAAGCUACACCAGAUGGAUGAUGCCGAAUCGAGUCUCUCAGGGAUUCCCAAAUGUGAGCGGCAUCUUGGUUCGUUAUCGCAGGCAAGAUUUUUCGGGAUGAUUUCUGAGGCUUAUUGCUAUUUUGUUAGAGCUCAGAUUGAGAUGGCUUUUGGAAGGUUUGAGAAUGCAGUCACAGCUGCUGAGAAAGCUAGUCAGAUUGAUCCCCGAAACGUUGAAGUUGCUGUCUUGCUCAACAAUGUGAGGAUGGUGGCUAGAGCGCGAUUGCGUGGUAAUGAUCUUUUCAAAUCAGAAAGGUUCACGGAGGCUUGCUCGGCUUAUGGGGAAGGUUUGAGGCUUGACCCUUCAAACUCUGUUCUCUAUUGCAAUAGAGCAGCAUGUUGGUUUAAGCUUGGGCAAUGGGAAAGAUCAAUUGAAGACUGCAAUCAAGCUUUAUGCAUCCAUCCAAAUUACACAAAAGCAAUUCUUCGAAGGGCUGCCUCAAAUAGCAAGCUAGAAAGGUGGGAAGAAGCAGUAAAGGAUUAUGAGCACUUGCGACGAGAACUACCAGAUGACAAUGAAGUUGCCGAAGCUCUGUUUCAUGUGCAAGUAGCAUUGAAGAAAUCUCGUGGGGAAGAAGUACAUAAUUUAAAGUUUGGUGGUGAUGUGGAGGACAUAUCGAGUCUUGAGCAAUUUAGAGCUGCAAUAUCCUUACCAGGUGUUUCUGUUGUCCAUUUUAAAACUGCAUCCAACUUGCAAUGUAAACAAAUAUCGCCAUUCGUGGAUACGCUAUGUAGUCGCUAUCCAUCUAUUAGCUUCCACAAUGUGGAUAUUCAAGCAAGCCCCGCAGUCGCCACUGCUGAGAAUGUUAGGAUUGUACCAACCUUCAAGAUCUACAAAAAUGGCAGUCGAAUGAAGGAAAUUGUAUGUCCUAGUCAUGAUAUGUUGGAACACUCCAUUAGGCAUUACAGCUUGUAGAACUCCUGACCUUGUACUGCUUCUGAUGUAUACUGCAUUUCUACCGUGCCACCCGAACAAGCCGCAAAACUCUCCACAGUUCAUCCAGUCUUAUGAUUCCCCUCAUAGAAUGGUCUCUUGAUACCUGUGACAUAUUCAGAAAGCACAUAAUAAUCUUGUUAGCAGCCAGUGCCAGUGGAACCAGGACAUAAUCUAGUUCCUUUUGCAGUUGUUAUUUAUUCAUUCAUUCCUAAUUGCUUUCUGGUUCCAUGUUCCGCCAACUUUCCCUUUGUCAAUUUUCUUUUCUCAUAUCCUUUUCAGUUCAUGUAGACCAGCUGUUCUUGUUUCCCCCCAGUUUCAUUAUGGGUGAAAAAAAGAGUAGAAUUUUAUGUCUGUAUAAUUGAUUAUAUUAUCAGUUUACAUUUACAUUUAAGAUAUAUAGUUAGACAGAAGGGAGAGGAGGUUGAUGCUGCUAGAGGAGGGUUCAUGUACAUGUAUAUAUGUGUUGAUUAUAUACACCAAACAAUGGAAAGCCUUAGAGGGAGAUAGGAUGAGUGGUGGGUACCUAAUGGGUUGGUGAAAUGAGGAUGAAUAUGUUGUUAUUGUUAUUAUUUUCUGUCUUAGCCAUUUAAUCAAUAAAAUUUCCCAUUUUUUUUUCC